AUGGCAGACUUCCAGCCCCAGGACGUCAUACCUGAGGUCCUUCACCCUUACUUCCCGAGAGACGCCGCCCUGCCGCACUACGUGGCCUCAAAGUUUAACAUGAGCGAGUCGCUCACCACCCUCAGCGCCGGCGUCGGUCUCCUGGCCGUCAUUAGCAUUAUUCUUCUUGCUCGCGCACGGACUUCCCUGACAGGCAAGGACAAGCUUAUCGUCAUUUGGAUGAUUGUGUGCGCUGGAAUCCACAUCAUCCUUGAGGGCUACUUCUCCUUCAACCACGCCACUCUGGCGGGUAAGCAGUCCGUGUUGGCCGACCUGUGGCGCGAGUACGCUCACUCUGACUCGCGGUACCUGACCAGCGACCCGUUUACUGUCAUUAUGGAGGGAAUCACGGCUGUGUUUGAUGGCUCGUUCGCCAUUGUCACUGCGUACGGCAUUCUGGCAGAUUCGCCCAUCAGAUACCCUGCUCAGCUCAUUACGUCUCUGGCGCAGGUGUAUGGUGAUGUGCUGUACAUGGCAACCAAUUACAUGGAAAACUAUAAGCACACCAACCCCCACCCGUACUACUUCUACUUCUAUUUUGUGACGCUGAACGCCUCUGGAUACGCGUGCAAGAACAUAUAUCGCGGCAUGCUCAUUGCCCAGCGCGCCACCACCAUCAAGAAGUCGAACUGA